AUGCAUCUUUUUCGAUUCGGGGUACUUGUCGCAGGUGCCGAGGCGCUGGCCUCCCCAAUGUGCAAAUGCACUCCUAAGGAUCCCUGCUGGCCAUCCCCCGCCGACUUCGCCACCUUGAACGCAACAGUGAGCGGAAAAUUGAUCCGCAGCACACCCCCCGGCUCCGUCUGCUACCCCAACCAGCCCGACUACAACCCCGAGCGCUGCGCCUUCGUCCUCGAGAACUGGUUCGAUUCCGACUUUCACGCCAACGACCCCGUGAGUAUUGGGUUUCCCAAAUUUGCGGGUAAUCCGUGUCCGCCCAUUUAUGCCAACGGGACCAGCGUCACGCGCGGGAAAGCGACGGCCGGGUGCAGGCUCGGAGGGUAUCCGGCCUAUGUGCUGAAUGCGACGAGUCACGAGGAUAUUCAGACCGUUGUACGGUUUGCGGGGGAAAGGAAUCUCCGGCUGAAUGUCAAGUCGACGGGGCAUUCUGUUGAGGGGAGGAGUGCGUCGCCUGAUAGUAUCUCAAUCUGGACACAUCAUCUCCUCUCCAACACAUUCCAUGCCGCCUUCCGACCACAGUCAUGUCCGCCCUCGUCCCCCGAACACAUGGCUAUCUCCCUUGGAGCAGGCGCGAGAGUCCGCGAGGUCUACGAGUUCGCCUACGAGCACAACGCUGUCGUAGUCGGAGGCUCAGCAGAGGACGUGGGAAUCGUCGGCUGGUUCACCGGGGGCGGCCACGGCCCGCUGACCAGUCGAUACGGGCAGGGUUCAGACAAUGUCUUGCAGGUGACGAUUGUGACGCCCGAUGGCGAGCUCGUCACUGCGAACGAAUGUCAGAACACCGACCUGUUUUGGGCGAUUAGAGGAGGUGGCGGUGGCACCUUUGGCGUCAUCACGCAUGUCACCAUGAAAGCGUACCCGUCGCCGAGUGCUGUUGCUCAUCGGUUGGAGGUGGUAGAUAUCAACGAGGAGGACGAUGGGACUGCGUUCUGGAAUGCAGUUGCUGGCGUGUAUGCCCUGCUCCCUGAAUUGAAGCGACAGGGCUUCGCGGGGAACAUCUUCAUGGACCGGCCGCCGCUCGUGCCUCGACGUAAGCUGUGGUGGAACAUGAACUUCUUGAGCACCGAGUCUGACUCUCCGUCUACCGAGGCGGCGACACGAGCGGCAGAACGUGCCCUCGCGCCGCUCAUGGCAUAUCUUGAUUCCCAGUCUGCGGCUGUCACCUACACGUCCAAGUUGACCUUCUUCCCGCACUGGUUCCAAUCGUGGAACGAGUCCGUCCGCACCGAACCGAGCGUCGUCGCGGCAAGCGGAAUCGCAAUGGCGUCGCGGCUGAUCCCAGAGUCUGUCCUUGUAAACAGCACCUCCUCCUCAUCCCCUAAUCUGACAGCCAUGGAGUCUCCUUUGCCAGGGUUUGCUGCCCAAGUCCAACAACAACCGUCCCUAGCGUCAACAAUUCAAACAAUCUCCGAGAGCGUGACCGGUUUCCAGGCCCAUCUAGCAAUCUACAACCCCUCCCCGCCCCUUACAGCUUCGGAAGUAAACCGCACCUCUCUCCCAUCCUACUGGCGCACCACACCCCUCCAAUUCUUCACGGUAACCACAUACCCCGACGACGCGACAGCGGAAGAAGAACGUGCCGUGUUUGAGUCCGUCCGGAAUGGAGUCGGCCGGGUGCUGGAGGAGCUCGCGCCAGAUACAGGAGCGUACUUCAAUGAGGGGGAUCCGUAUGAUCCGGACUGGCAGCGGAGUUACUUUGGAGGUGGGGAGCAUUACGAGGCCCUGAGGACGGUGAAGGAGAAGGUUGACCCGCAGGGGUUGUUGUGGUGUGUUGCGUGUGUGGGGAGUGAGGAGUGGGCGGUGCAGGCUGGGAGACUGUGUAGGGUUUAG